UCCUAAAUUCCAGUGAGUGGGUAAGGUAUCUUGGAAGAAGGUGUUCACUAUAUUGAAGAAGACUGAUUUCUUCAGAAGGAGUUUGGGAAGAGAUAUACAAACUUCUGUAAAAGGGAAUUCGGAACAAACUCUCUGUGUGGCACAACAUGCCGUUUCUGCAUCUCCCCUGCCUGCGAUGGCAGAGGAGGAGGAGAAAUCAAGAGUCGUGGCACAUCCGCAGAAAGGGGCCUAUUCAGAAGCACAGCAGGCUCAGCGAGCAGAAUUAUUACGCUUUACUGGAGCAGUGCUUGAAGAAAGGGUGCUUAUUCGAGGAUCCCCUCUUCCCAGCAGAUGUCAGGUCCAUUGGAACGGGGCCAAUACUCCAGAAGCUACCCCAAAAGAUACAUUGGAAGAGGCCAUAUGAACUGCAUAAAUCUCCGGUGUUUUGUUCAGUGAACAAGAAGAGGCUUGCCCUGUGCCAAGGACUCAUAGAGGACUGCUGGUUUUUGGCUGCUGUGGAAGCUUUAACAUUUCAUCAAGAUAUUUUGUUUAAGGUAGUGCCUCAGAACCAGAGCUUUGAGAGGAAGAAGUAUGCUGGAAUAUUCCAUUUCAAGUUCUGGCAUUUUGGCGAGUGGGUCGAUGUGGUUGUGGAUGACCGACUGCCAGUAAACGAAGCGGGUCAGCUUGUUUUCCUCUCUUCUGUUUAUAAGAACCUGUUCUGGGGAGCUCUUCUGGAAAAGGCUUAUGCCAAGCUGUGUGGUUCCUAUGAAGACCUACAGAUCGGGCAAGUGUCAGAAGCUCUGGUAGACUUCACAGGUGGAGUUAAUAUGACGAUCAAGCUGGCUGAAGCACCAUCUAAUCUCUGGGAUAUCUUGACAAAAGCAACCUACAGCAGGUCUUUGAUGGGUUGUCAGACACACGCAGGGCCAAGAAGAGUGCUGGAAAAUGGAUUAGUGGCGGGACAUGCCUACACAGUGACUGGCCUUCGGAAAGUGACUUGCAAGCACGGACCUGAAAAUUUAGUUAGACUGAGAAAUCCCUGGGGGAAAGUAGAGUGGAAAGGUGACUGGAGUGACAGCUCCGGGAAGUGGGAGCUGCUCAACCCAAAGGAGAAGAUCUUGCUCCGAAGAAAUUCUGACGAUGGAGAGUUCUGGAUGUCUGUGCAAGAUUUUAAAACCCAUUUUGUGGAUCUGAUGAUCUGUAAGUUAACUCCUGAUCUCAUGACUCAGGAAGAAGGGAAGAAGUGGAUGUGCUCCAUGCAAUUUGGCCAGUGGGUCAAAGGAAGCACUGCAGGUGGCAGAGCGAAGGGCUACAAAGGGACAUUUUGGAUGAAUCCUCAGUAUCUGCUGACGGUUCUGCAAGGCAAUGGUAGCAAGAAGUCCUGGUACUCAUGCAGUGUUUUGGUAUCUCUGAUCCAAAAGCACAGUGGCAAACAUCGGAAUCGGAUGCCUCACUUCCACAUAGGCUUCUCUGUCUAUAAGCUGGGUAAGCAUCAUGACAGUCAUAAAAAACUCCCUCCUGCCUUCUUCACCUGGAGCAAGCCUUUGAACUGGUCUGUCUUCGUUAACGACCGUGAAGUGACUCAGGAUUUCCGGCUGCCCCCUGGGGUCUACGUCAUCGUUCCCUCCACCUUGGAGCCUCACCAGGAGUCGGAGUUCGUCUUGCGGGUCUUCUCCAGGAAGCACAGCCUUCAUGAAUUGGGUGGCGAUUCAAGCUGUGUCCUUUCAAAGGAAAUAGUCGACAAGCACGAAGACUGGGAAGAUUUCUUUGCUAAGUACUUUGUGCAAUAUCCUGAGAUAAAUGCAGUCCAGCUGCAGAGGAUCCUGAAUAAUAUUGCCUGGACAAAUCUUCAGCACUCAUCCUCAGGGCUGAAAUUUAGCUUUGAUGCCUGCCGAUGCAUCUUGGCCCUCCUGGAUCUGAAUAGCACGGGCACCCUGAGCAUUCAAGAAUUCCGGUUCCUGUGGAAGAAGCUGCUUCUUUACCAGGAUGUUUUCCAGAAGAAAGAUGUUCACCAAACAGGGACCUUGGAUCAAGUUGAGCUGCGUGAAGCCAUGAAAGAGAUGGGGAUCUCCCUCAGCAACGAACUCUGUAAGCUGUUGGCAAUCCGAUACGGGAAUCCCAGCUUGAGGAUCACCUUCGAGAGCUUUGCCUGCUUCAUGCUGCGUGUGGAAGUCAUGAUGGAGGCCUUUCAUAAUAUGACUAAAGAUGGCAAAGGGAUAUACCUUCAAGAAUCUGAAUGGAUGAUGAUGACUCUCUAUUCAUGAAGGAAAGUGAGGAGAACUGAACCAAGCCCCGGGGG